CUCCUUUUUUUUUGCGGGGCUAUUUCUUUUCUACUAAUAUCGAAGAAAUGGGGAGCAGGGGCUGUGUGGCGCUCGGUUCCCUUCUCCCUGAAUAUAAUCUUCCUUGCCAGCGUUUGUUUGAGCGUUAGCUGUGUAAGGAGUAGUUUUGUAGUUUGCGGGGUGUUGUAGUUUGUAUAUGGCGUAGUAACCAAAUCCUGGACUCAGAAUCAAGAGGGCGAAGUUGCAAUUUUUAUUUUGCAAAUACGAAAUUUUACGCCUACAACAAGUUAGAUUUUGCAGAAUAUUGAGAAAGCUUAGAUAAUUGUCUUAAUCUUGUCCGCAUUAGCUUACAAAACAUAUUUUCAUAGUUAAUUAAAUAUAAAGCUACUCGAUAACAAAAGAAACUGGAGUACCAAAAUACUACUUUUCACUCGGUAAAAGUUCUAGUGUCAAAAAUGCUCUUAUAUUAGGGGACGGAUGGAGUAAAAAGGAUGAAAGAAUCUACACUAAAAGGGCAGAAUCUAAAUAGUUGGACUUCAGUUUGCCAGGAUUAAAUUUCCAGCGGGAGAGGGAGGGUAGAAUAGCACUUGCUGCUCACCAGCUCACUGUGUGUGGCGCCUGCCUGAUAGCUGAGUGCGGUCGCGAUGAGGUGAGCCGGGAGCCCUGACCAGCCUCUUGCCUCUCUGCUCUGGCCGGUGGCUUGCCACCCCCCAUUCCAGCAAGCCCCAGCCGUUGGUCGCAAGAGUCUACGCUAGAUGAAAGAGUAGUAGUUGCCAAGACACAAAUGAGAGUUGGGACGCUGCUCAUUUUUCUCCCAGGAAGAACAAUUUCAGAUAAAUGGAGUACUUAAAAAUAUUCAAUUUUGCUUGUGUGUGGGGGUAACGCCCUAUGUUCGCCCCGGUGAAGCUCUGCCGUUGUCCAGAAUUGCCUGGGCCAUAACUUGUAUCAGUUUCAUUCGAUGAAUGCAUGAAAAUGGUGGCGAGAGCAAUUACUAUGUCGCCCCUGAAGGGAGUAUAGGAGGAUAUCUGCCGCUGAUCUACCGACGACUAGGAUUUUGAAGCUAGUUCGGAGUUGUCAAUCAUGAGCCUCCGCCGCCACGUGAAUCUGUUGUUGGAGAACCACAAAAAGUGCGGCCUAUUCGCUUCACCUCCUCAAGCGCGACCAUUUAUUCUACCCAACGGAAGAAGCAGCAAAGGUGCGAGAUUUGCCCAGACUAAGAAAAGUGCCACCAUACUCACCUUUUGGGACCAAGGUGAAUGGCCAAAAGAAGAACCAGGCGGCUCUCUCAGAUAAGCUGGAGAGUAUUAAGCUGUCGCCGGCAGUCUUCACUGUGCGGCCAUCGAUGGCUUGCAACGGCGAAGCCCGAUUGAGUUGUUUCUCUCUCUCUGGAAGCAAGAUCUUCUUCACUGAUAGUGGGGCACGCACCACCCUCUAUGACACUGAGGACCGCUGCAUGAUAACAUCCCCAAGCCUCCAUUCGCCCAAAUGCUACCCCAUCGCCGUCUCUGUCCCCAUCCCUGGAUCUGAAGGUGAGCAGGAUGGCGGUGACCACAGCCUCUACAUCAUGGACACAGAGCCCGAUCCAUGCAAGGCCUCUCCGUUCGAGGCGCUAAUCUGCUGCAAGUGCCCAGAUAGAGACGUUACUGUCCCGAAGACAUGGCAUUGUGACACACUCCCGCCGCCGCCGUUCCUUAAUAAUCCAGGUCGCAGCUCUAUCUCGAUAUCAUCUUAUUCUGUGGUGGGGGACGUCAUCUGCAUUUCCGCAGAUGGCUUGGGCACCUACUGCUUCGACACGGUGAGCCGGACGUGGAGCCUGGCUGGUGACUGGCAGAUGCCCUUCUACGGCAAGGCGGAGUACAUCCCUGAGCUCAACCUCUGGUUUGGCCUCUCUGCUGGUAAUCCUGAGCUCCCGUGUGCGGCUGAUCUCUCCCCUGUCCUUAGAGGGCAUGAGCCGAAGCAGCGCUAUGUUUGGAGGGAUCCAGAUCUGCCGGAGGAAUGGCACCCGUCAUCCUAUGGUUCCAGCAACAUUACCAGUUUUGGUUCUGGUAGAUUUUGCAUCACCAACUUCUAUGAAGACAUGAACAACUGUUUGAUGGAUAGACAAUCAGGUCCAGUUGGCGAGUCAAUUGUUGUAUUCAGUGGGUUGUAAGUGUUGUCUGGCAAAGAAAGUGGCGGCGAUAGCGGCAAAGAAAGUGGCAACGGCAACGGGCUCCGUAUGAUUAAGCAUAAGUCUUGUACAAUUGCUGAGACCAACUUGAUCGAGUCGAUGAGUCGAUACUGUGACUGCU